AUGUCCACCUCCGAGAAAGGGGAACAGCUCCCUCUCGUCCUACCCUCCUCCCCUCAAUCACCUGCUCGACCUAAAUCCAAAGUCGGAACCGCUCUCAAGCACAUCGUCCCUCUAUCCCUUGUUAUCAUCUACUACUCUUUCAUCGCGCCGCUCUCCCUCAGCUCCAUCAGACCAUACUCUCAAGUCGAAGUAGCAGCCAAAGAAAGCGCAAGAUGUCCCGUCCAACCUCCAAUCAUAAAUAUCGGUAACGACUGGGAUGUAGUAAACGAUCAUGAGUAUGCCUCCCUAGCUACCAAAAGACUUUCAAGAGCAGUACAAAUUAACACCGAAUCAUAUGAUAACCUCCCCACGAACGCUAGUGAUCCAAUAUUCGACAAACACUAUGAAUUCUCUCAUUACCUCUCUUAUGAAUUUUCCAAAUUAUUCAAAGAACCAAUCAAAUACGAAAAUGUAAAUGUCCAUGGACAUUUGUUUACGUGGGAAGGUAAAAACAAGAAUCUCAAACCGAUCUUAUUGAUGGCUCAUACAGAUACUGUACCGGUCUUACCUGCUACGUUGGAUCAAUGGAGCUACCCACCUUUUGAGGGUAAAGUUACGGUCAAUGCGACUAAAGAAACUCCCGGUACCUGGAUUUGGGGUAGGGGUGUAAGUGAUUGUAAGAAUACUUUAUUGGCUAUAUACGGAUCACUGGAAAGGUUAGUUACGGAGGGAUAUGAACCUGAAAGAACUAUUAUUGUAGCAAAUGGAUUUGAUGAAGAGAUUGGUGGGUCAAGAGGGUCAGGACAUAUCUCCGAGGUACUUCUCAAGCGAUACGGACCUGAUGGUAUCGCCUUCCUUGUUGAUGAGGGAUUUACCGGAAUCUCGAAGGAUUACGGUGCGACUGUCGCAAGCUUCGGUAUGGCCGAGAAAGGAUCGGUAAACGUCAAUGUCAAGGUGGAGACAUUAGGUGGACAUUCAAGUGUUCCCCCUCCUCACACCGCCAUUGGAAUCAUCUCCCUUCUCCUCGCUGGACUUGAAGCACACCCAUUCAAACCUACUUUAUCCCCCCAAUCACCUUUCCUUAAAUCUCUUAACUGUCUAGCAGACUACGCUCCUGAAUUCCCUAAGUCGAUCAAACAUGAACUCAAAGAUCCUAGACAGUGGGACCAGCUUGCUCAGCAAUUAGCAAAGAAGGAUAGGGUUUUGAAUAGUUUCCUGGCGACCACUCAGGCUAUCGACUUGAUCAAUGGUGGGGUCAAAGUAAAUGCCUUGCCCGAAGUUGUUGAUGCCACUGUCAACUACCGAAUCUCAUUUACCUCUUCAGUCAACGAAACUCUCUCUCACGUUGCUCAAGUACUCAGGCCUCUCGCAAAAAAACUUGGUUAUACCAUCUCGGCAUUCGAUGAACCACAUUCUGCUCAUCACGAGAAUUCUACUUCUCAUAUCACGUUGAGUGUACCUGGUGGAUUGAGCCUGGAACCCGCACCUAUCACUUCUGAUCGAACCAAAUCAUUCGCUCUACUCGGUGGAACCGCUAAAGCAGUAUUUGGUAAUGAUACCAUCGCUUCUCCUUCAGGAAUGUUCGCGAAUACCGAUACGAGGUGGUUCUGGAACCUCACUUCUGAUCUUUACAGAUUCACCCCUACAUUGAUUACUGAGAACCUCAAUCAACAUACUGUCAAUGAGCGAAUCAGCCUUGAAGGUCAUUUGAACGCUACUCGAUACUUCUACAAAUUACUCAGAAACCUCGAGGGAUGGGAUGCUGAGUAG